UUCAAUAAUAACGAAAUUCGUCUUUCUUUCACUUUAGAAGAAGGGUUAUAUUUGGCACAGCAGAAUCAGGUGACAAAUUAUAGAGUAAUUCGAUACUUUGCAACUUUGUUUCUGUUAAAACUUGUCCGCAAUCAAGGUCAAAUUAAACAUAUUUACGCAAUUUAAAGCAAUUAAUAAAGUAGGUACAUUGUAAAUAAUUGCAGUGCUAUCAGUUUUUAUAAAAUGCAACGCACAUUCUCACGCUGUCUCAGAACAACAAAAAAUGAACCAAGACCCAGCUCUGUACUCAAAAAUCUGCCAAAUGCAGAAAUUUGACGCCACGCAUUUCCUCAACACUUAUUUAAACCAGUUGAACCUGAAAGACGGCGCCUCAGUUCUGGACGUGGGUGCCGGCGAGGGCACAAUCACCCUCGAAGUGAUAAUCCCUCUCUUACCACCUUUCGCUAAACUCGUGAUUUCCGAUAAAUCCGAAAAAAUGGUAAACUUCGCCAAGCGGAGAUUCAACGACCAACGGAUCGAAGUCGUCAGGAUGGACAUCUCCGACGACGACGACGAAGUUUUCAAAAAACGCUUCGAUCACGUCUUCUCGUUUUAUUGUUUGAAUUUCGUCCCAGAAGAGAGGUGUCCACAAGCCAUGCGAAACAUUUUCACUUUGUUAAAACCAGGAGGAAACUUGUUUGCCAGUGUUAUAGUCGAUUCGGCUCUGUUUGAAAUUUGCGACAACAUGACCAAGAAGCAAAAGUGGCCCCCGGCUAUGGUGCAUUUCAAAAUUAAUCCGUACCGAGGUGUGGACAAACCUGAAGCCAAGCUAAGAUUUUUUUUGGAGCAAGCUGGUUUCGAUGUUCAAGUUUGCAAGUAUGAGGAAAGAACUUAUACUUUCGAUGGGUUUAGGCACUUUUUGGAUUUUGCGUUGGCGAUAGUACCUGUAUUAAACGUGGCGUCGCAAAAUAAGCAAUUGGAAUUUGUUGAAGAUUUUACGAAAGAAACCAGAAACGCUGACAAGCUGUCUAUAAAAGGAAGCGGUGGUGGUGAAAAAGUCGUCAUGUCUUACAGCGUUCUGGUGGUUUGUGCGUCAAGAGCUUAAA